CACUCUGAUCUGUGCACAACAUCAAAACGGUCGCUUCAACGGAAGUUGGGCUAAUUUGAACUAUAGUUCGGUCUGCAUCUGAAAUAGGGACAGAACUUAGACCUGUCAACAAUCAAAUCAACGUCUCGGCUCUUUUUUUAAGUUGUGAAAUGUCAUUGUUUGUGAUAUUUUUAUGGAUACACACAACUUUUGAUUUGAGCCUUCAACCACUGCCACUGCAGUACUACAAACUGUUCGUGUACAAGUAAAGUUGUGAUAAUUCCACCAUGAGGGAAAGUCAGUAUCGCUGGGUGCUAUACCUCCAGUAUCUUCUAAUAUUUGUGGAUUUAUUUGUCAAUUCUUUUGCUGAUCUUCUACGACUUGACAACGUUACUCAAUUGGUCUUAUUUAUUAUUCAAGACAUAUGUCUCAUCUUUGCAACCAUAGUUGUAUUCUUAAUGUUCUUCAACACAUACGUAUUUCAAGCCGGCUUGGUUGGAUACCUCGUCAACAAGUUCAAGUUUACAAUCGCUAUAUUGUUCCUGUAUUUCAUUCUAUGCUUGGGCCUUCAUAUAUGGACAAUGACCCUGAGAUGGGAAGAUGUUGAUGCAUACAUAUGGAAUGAAGGUUACCAAGCACUUUAUGUCUUCCAGAGAGUAGGUGCCGUGUUUUACUAUUACUACUACAAACGGACAGCUUUAAGAUUAGGUGACCCACGAUUCUACAAAGAUUCAGCCUGGCUCAGAAGACAAUUUGGAAAAGUUCGGUAAACUAAACAGUACCUCUAUCACAUAGUUCUCAUCUCUUAUCUUUUGUGUUCAUCAGCAACUGAAAUAUGUAUUUUGAAUUAAAUUAAUUAACUCUAAUGUGUAGAUAAUUUUGAAAUGUUUCCCAGCUACUUCAUGUGUACUUACUAAUUGCCAAAUAGAAAAUAAAAAUAAAAACAAUUUCAAUAUGUCGGUCCAACAUAGUUGUGCAUGUAACUCAGUUUUGUGAAAAGGCUCAAGCAAACAUGUAUAAAAGAAUACUUGUGAGGCUAGGCGACGGUAGGCUGGAUAAACUUCCAUUGUUACACAUUUCUGGCUUUUGUGUGCAUUCCACUCUGGCAAACAUCUGCAUGACCAAUGUGUAGUCAUUUUUUACCACUAGAGAGCGUGUGUGAAAUUGACCAUGAUGCAAGUUUUUGUAAAUACGUUUUUUUAUCAUUAUUGUUUUAUUUUGCUGUUGAUUUAGAAAAAACAUGCAGUAAAAAUAAACCAUAAUCUGUUAAUGUCAAUUGAGGAAAUUUUCAGUUGGCAGUGCCUUCAAUUUGAAAAAAAAUACAGUCAAUUUAAAAAUUUACUUAAGAUUUUUAAAAUGCAUUUUCAUUUUAGUUUGUUUGACAAAUCAAUGCAACAACUUAUAGUGAUUUUGCAGUGUAUUGACCUGUUUGACUAAAAAUAAAACUGUUCUUUUGGCCAGAACACGCCCCAAUGUUGCAUUGUUGUUCACCAGAAUGGCAUGUCUUGUCCUUGGUCUAUGCAUGUACCCAUUGUAAGUCUGCUUCCACCUCGCAGUGACGUAAUGUCUAAUGUCUCUUGUUGAUUCUUAAACACAGUCAGGCACUGUAUUUUCACACUGUGUCGUGCUGAAUAUUUUGGUACAUCCCGUCACAGCUUGCAAUAAGGAUCUUGUAAAUAGUACUAAGACAGUUGGAGGACAUCUUGACUAAAAUACAGUGUAUCGUCCACAGUUCAAUGAAUAUUCCACACUUAUGUUCUCCCCUUUAAUUCGGAUCAGGUAUAGCGUCCAAACUGACAUUUGUGUGUCCAACUCAAUAUUAAGUUGAGAUGAAUACUAUGGUAAGGUGUCUAAAACAACCCAAGAUGUGGUUGUUUUCAUUAUUAUUUCAACAUUUAAAGACAGUGGACACUAUUGUAACUGUCAAAGACCAGUCUUUUUACUUGGU